ACAAAUUCUCUCUUUCCAUGUUCCCUCCUCUCCCUAUCUUUUUCUGUUUCCCUCUCACCUGUUGGGUAUUCCUCUCCUACUCCUCCAUUCCUGUUUCAUUCCAUUCUUGCCCUUUCUCUAAAUGUCUGUUGCUGUGUUGUCUUUCCUCCUCUGCUCCUGUCUGCUUUCCUCUCUCCUUAUCAGUCGAUUUCCAUGUUUUUCUUCUAUGAUUCUCUGUUUCUCAAUGAUUCUCAUAUUCCCAUUUUCUUCUCUUGUCUUUAUCUCUCCUUCUGUGAACCCAUGACUACCUACCAGCCUCUCUUCCUCCACCUCUAGCCUUGUCUCACGGUCACUGGUUCUCUCUGUCUGUCUCUCUCUGUCUCUCCAUCUCUGUCUCUUGUUGCCUUUCCCCUCGGGCUCCCAGCCCCGGCACCAUGGCAAAUCUGAGCCACCCUUCUGAAUUUAUCCUCUUGGGCUUCUCCCCUCUUGGUAAACUGCAGAUCCUGCUCUACGGGCCCUUCCUUGUGCUUUAUCUUCUCGCCUUCAUAGGAAACACAGUCAUCGUCAUCACGAUCUUCGUCGACACCCACCUCCACACACCCAUGUACUUCUUCCUGGGCAACUUUUCCCUGCUGGAGAUCCUGGUGACCAUGACUGCCGUGCCCAGGAUGCUCUCUGACCUGCUGGCCCCCCACAAGGUCAUCUCCUUCACUGGCUGCAUGGUCCAGUUCUACUUCUACUUCUCCCUGGGCUCCACCUCCUUCCUCAUCCUGUCCGACAUGGCCCUGGACCGCUUUGUGGCCAUCUGCCACCCCCUGCACUAUGGCACUUUGAUGAGCGGGGCUGUGUGUGCCCAGCUAGCAGGGGCUGCCUGGGCAACUCCUUUCCUGGCCAUGGUGCCCACUGUCUUCUCCCGGGUUCAUCUCAAUUAUUGCCAUGGCAACGUCAUUAACCACUUCUUCUGUGACAACGCCCCUCUGAUGCAGCUGUCCUGCUCAGACACCAGGCUGCUGGAAUCCUGGGACUUUGUGAUGGCCCUGGCCUUUGUCCUCAGCUCCUUCCUGGUGACCCUCGUCUCCUAUGGUUACAUCGUGAGCACCGUGCUCCGUAUCCCCUCUGCCAGUGGCCGCCAGAAGGCCUUCUCCACGUGCGGCUCUCACCUCACCCUGGUCUUCAUUGGCUACAGCAGCACCAUCUUCCUCUAUGUCCGGCCUGGCAAAGCACACUCUGCGGAGGUCAACAAAACUGUGGCCCUGGUGACGUCCGUCCUCACGCCCUUCCUCAACCCCUUUAUCCUCACCCUCCGCAACGAGACGUUCAAGGCUGUGCUACGAGGCCAGAUGCAGAGGCUGAAAGGCCUCCUCCAGGAGGUGCAGAUUUGACUCCUGGUCAAAGACCCUACAUGCCAUGUGAUGUGGAAAAAAGUAAAAAAGGAUCUGCUUAUGCAGCAGGUGACAUGUAAUGAUGGAUUCAAAGAAAGGUUUAUGGGAGCAGAUAAGAAGAACAUUGAGACCAGACUGCGGACUGGGGGACAAUUUCCUGAUAAGGUGACGCCCGAGUAACACUUUGAAUGUAAGAUGGACAGUGUGAGAAGGCAAUCCACCAGCUAAGCCUUGUGCAGAGAAAAUAAAUUUAAAGAAAGCAAGAUACGUCUUCAUUAAGUAUAAGAAUUAAGAGCAAAUCUUUCAGGAAUUGUAUGAGUUCUAGGGAGGAAAUAUUAAGAGAUUUUUGUUGUUGUUCAGUUGCUCAGUCG